AUGGUGCGGCUGGACCCUACAGUUCCUGCCACCCGCGAGCGGCAGCGGCUGAUGACCCGGCACUACCUGAUUGUGUUGGGCAUCCUUUCGGUGGACGACGAAGUAAAGCGGAGGCGUCGCAACCUGAAGCGAUCAACGUUCUGGCGGUUCCCCGGUGUGGUGACGCGGGCCAAUGACUUCACUCGUGCGAUGUUUGUGCUGUUUUUUUUUUCGUUGCCACCCGGUGCGUGGUUACAACUACUCUGCCGCGCUACAGGGAGGGAAAAACACGAGAGGGGGAAAAAUGGAGAAGUUGGGUAUCGAUCCCAAUACCUCCCGCAUGCUAAGCGGGCGCUCUACCAUCUGAGCUACAUCCCCACGACUCCCAUGGGGACACCAAAUUGUGGACAUAUCCCGCAACCGUGUGAGUAA